AUGUUUCCCUGUGAGAAGAAGAAGAAGGGCAGCGUACCGGACCGUUGGUUGGACUACAGUCCUGUAGGACAGAGGAUACCAGGGACUUGAUUCAUUGCCUUCAAAGUGCCUUUAAAGGUCCCAGCAUCAGAAUCCUUCAGUUUCUGGGACGUCCUGGACUCUCUGGAGAACCAGAACCAGGAGCUGCAUCUGAUCAUCAACCUCACUUUCACCACGAAGUAUGAAAGUGAGGUUGAUGUAGUCCUGGUCCUACAUCAAGAUCUUCACAGAGGGUCCCAGGUUCCCUCGGAUGCCACCAUCCUGAGCUUCAAAUGGGCGGUGAGACGGUUCCUGAGGGAGAACUGGGACAACGGCAAGCUGAUCGGAGUUCACUGCACCCAUGGCCUGAACCGCACCGGGUACCUGGUCUGCAGGUACCUCAUCGACGUGGACGGUCUGGAUCCUCCGACGGCCAUGGAGCUCUUCAACUCCUGCAGAGGUCAUCACAUCAAGAGGCAGAACUUGACGACCUGCUGCGAGGAACCAGGAGGAGCAACAGAGGCAUUGGAAGAGUCGGAAGAGGAGGCAGCCAGAGGGCUUGCUGCGGAGAGACCGCCUCAGACCGGUGGGGAGGAGGGAUGGCCGCGCGACUACGACCCAGCAGAGGAGACUCAACUGGCCGGUGAGAAACAAUCACUGGGUCACAGCCAUUGUUGAAGAGGUCACCAUCGACAGAGGGCCUGUGACGGACCUCCUCAAGGGCGCCUCCUCCCCACACCGCCCCUCCCUCUUCUGUGUAAGAUCCCGCCCAUCACUUCACAGCCCCACCCCCUCCACAGGUACAGCUGGAGCGAUGAGGUCAGCAGCAGGAAACAGUCAGACACAGAGUCACCUCCACCUGCUGAUCGAUCCUCAGCUGAUUGAUCAGGGUUUCACCUGUCGACUCACCUGAGCCACAUUUAUCAGCUGCAUCAUGACGACGCAUUGAACGGAACGUUCACUAAAGCACCUGAGAACAACCAUCAACUCUUCAUCUGAACUGAACUGAUGUUACCAUGGAAACUGUGACCAAUCACAUGUCACUAUAUCUCUGGACCCCCCC